GGCUGGAGAGAGAGAAGGAACUUAUGGCAAAGCAUGAGGAGGUGAGGCGACAAGUGAAGAAGACAGAAGAGUUAAUCGAUACACUCAAACACCAGAAGAUUUCCGUUAAGGACUGUGCUUCUCGGGCACAAAAAAACUACGGCAACAAGUUUGAGAUGUUGAGGAAGGAGCUGGAGCAGGUGCAGGAUAAAGUGUUGCGGUACAUUGAGAACGAGGAGCAGCUCGCUGUGGAGCAGGCCGACAGUGCUCUGGAGAAACUGGAGCGGAGGUCUGCUGACCUGAGCGAGAUCAGCCUGAAGCUGGUGACCACGCUCAAGAGUAAUGACUCUCUGCAGAUCUUACAGUUCCCUCAGGAGAUUCACUCCUUGAAUAAGACACAACAGGACAUAGUGCUGCCUCCCUCAGACCUGGCGAUAGAGAACAAGCUACAAGGAGUGAAAAGGGCCUUGGAGCAGAUUUCCAUCCUGACUUACGAGGACCUACAGGACUGCUUCAGACCACCGCCAGAAUCACUGGAUGUUUCAGAGUCCGCUUCGACUGACAAGCAUGAUCCUGUGAAACCUCUCAAACCGCAGCCACUCCAAGCGAAUUUGCACAUCAGAGAACCAUUCCUGCAGAGUUACUGUCAGCUGAGUUUUGAUGUCAACACAGCACACCGAUUCCUCUCUCUCUCCAAAGGCGGCCGCCGAGUAUCCCACAAGGAGACGCAGACGUACCCGGUCCACACUGAGCGAUUCGAGAAGGACUGGCAGGUGAUGUGCCAUGAGAGUUUCAACAGUGGCCAACAUUACUGGGAGGUGCUGAUCAGCAGCCAGUGGGUCUACCUGGGAGUCACUUACAGAAGAAUCAGCAGGAGGGAUGCUUCUGCCUUGAUUGGCAGGAACAGUGUCUCCUGGGCCCUGCAACUCUUCAACAAGAGCUAUUCAGCAUGGCAUGACAAUCAGGAAGUCAAACUGCAGCCAGCAACCUACAGUCGGAUUGGGAUCCACCUGGACUACACUGCUGGGAUCCUGAGGUUUUACGGCAUCACUGAUACCAUGACUCUGAUCCAUACUUUCCAGUCAGUCUUUACCGAGCCACUGUAUCCUGUCAUUUGGGUGGGAGAGAAUGUUGUUGCAACACUUUGCCAGCCUCCAUCACGAUAGAGGCUCCUUUUCAGACACAGCAGAGUACAGCCUUGGGAAAGACUGCGCCCUUCAUGACCACAGGAUGUCCCAAAGUAUUUCACAGCCAACAAAGACCUUUCACAUGCAGGACACAGGUGGUGAAGCACAGGAAGAUCCCAGAAAUAGCUGCAUGAUACUGUCAGAUAGCUUACAUUUGUGACUUGAGGGGUCACAUCCUCUGCUUUGUGAAAUUGAACCUGUGCGAUCCUGGGUGUCAAUUGGAGAGAGGGGGGAGUUCAUGCUCAAGUCCUGUGUAGGUGCGAUGUGAUUACUUUUGGCUUAUUUAUUUGUGUUAUGUUAGUGGGGCUGUUGUGAGGGGUGUUCUGGGGGGAGGUGUUCCCUGGGCCUUCUGAUCGAUUUGACACUGAAGAAAUGAGAUAACAGUAAACCAGUUUGUGGUGAAUGAAUAAGUCAAAUGCUAGCGCACGAUUUUCUUUUAGGAGAAAGUGAGGACUGCAGAUGCUGGAGAUCAGAGCUGAAAAUGUGUUGCUGGAAAAGCGCAG